AUGAGCAGGGACGCAGAGCUGGUCAAAAAGUUGCUUGAAACAGAGACUCAAGGGAAGAGGCGUAUCGCCCAGGCGAGGGAAGAAAAUGCACAGCUUGUGAAGGAGGCGAAGGAUAGAGCCCACAGGGAGAUAGAGGCAUUUCAGCGCCAAGAAGAGGCUAAGCUUGUCGAGCUGCAAACAAAGAAUGCCGCAGAGAUUGUACAGAUAUCGAAAGACCUGGAUGAGCGUGUUACAAGGGAAAUCAACGCACUGAACAAUUAUGCAUCUUCUCACAUCGACGAGGCCGCCAAGCUCAUUGUGAAGGUGGUUUUGGGACAGUGA